AUGUCCUCUUCCGAACCGUCGGGUCCCACACCCUACGCACCCACUGCGACCCCUUCCCGAUCCUCUCGAACCCGCGAAAGCUCCUCCGCGACCCAUCUCACGCGCCAGAAAUCGUCCCACGUGCUGCUCCAAACGCCUGCUCGAACAACGACGACGACGACCUCGUCCUCGGCUAGUACAUCGACCCCGGCCGGUGGGCCCGUGACGUCCGCUUCCUUCUCCCCUGCGUACCAAACUUCGAUCAGGUCGCGGCAUUCCCUCUACGGCAUCGAGGACCGCAUCGUACUCGACCUCGGCUCACGAAUUUGGAAACUCGGUUUCAGUGGCGAACCUCGUCCGCGAGUUUGUCUCGAUGUGACCAGUCUUGUCGAAGAAGAAGGGGAGACGGGCAAUGAAGAGGCAGGGGGUUUGUUGUGGGCCUUGGAAGGGUACCAGGUCGAUGAGACGAGGGAACGGAUCAGGUACGAGAGGCUCAAGAAGGGCUUGAGGAGGAUUUGGUACACGUACGCGCCCCUCCUUUCUCGUCGUGCUUUUCGUCGGAGAGCUUAAGCAUCUCUUCUCCUCUUUUUUUGCAGGCAUUUGAUGACCGACCCGAAACAACGCAAGAUCAUCAUCAGCGAGAACCCACUGCUCUCGACUCAGGUCAAGCACAUGAUCGCCAAAGUGCUCUUUGAGAACCUCCAGGUCAGUGGUCUCGAUCUGUUCAGCAAGGUCAAUACCUGGGGGCAAAUGGCUCAUUGCGACUCUAUCAUAGGUCCCGUCCAUCACUUUUGGGUCUGCACCCGUCUUGGCACUCUUGGCAACGGGGAACGUAACCGGACUAGUCGUCGACUGCGGUCAUCUCGAAACGACCGUUUUGCCCGUGCGUUCCAAUUUCCUUCCUUCCCUCCAACCCCCCCCCCCCCCCCCCCCUUCCCUCUCGUACUUACAUCCUCACUCUCCCACCCCUCCAGGUCUUUGCCUCCCGACCCUUAUUCCCCUCCCUACUGUCCACCCCGCGCGCCUCCUCCCUUCUCAACGCCCGACUCAAAGCGCUCCUCCUCGAAUUCGCUUCUUACGCACCCCCACCUACUUCGUUCAAUUCCUCUACGCCACCGACGAUAGGGAGGGUACCGGAACGUAUACUGAGUGAGGAAGUGGUGGAGGAGGUCAAGAAUAGGUGUUGUUUCGUUGGGAAGAGGGUGGAGGAGCAGGAGCAGGAAGAGGGGCAAGAGGAGGUAGAGGAACGUGAACGUCCCGAAGGGUCGGUACUCCUUUUCCAAAAGAUGGAAAAGAGGUUCGCAAAACGGACGAAGGCGACGACUUUAUCGUGGAGAUUACCCGUCAGUACAGCCAAAGCAGGUCGGACGACGAGUACCACACCGGGUACUUUGACGGGUCAAGGGUGGUUAUUGAUCCCCGGCUGGGUGAGGGAGCGUGCAGCGGAGGUCAUCUUCGACAGUGGGGACGGGGGCGAGGAUGAAAGAAGUUUACAAGAGGUCAUUUUGGAGGCUUUGUUGAAGGUCAGUGCAGAGGACGACCUGUCUGGCCAAAUUGGAGGGACUGAUCUUCUUAUUCUCACCCUUGCCUUGACCUGGGUCUUUCUCCUCAGUUACCGAUCGACUUGAGAAGGCCAUUGGCGGGGUCGAUUCUGUGCACGGGUGGUACGACGAUGUUACCUGGCUUUAUACCCCGACUAAGGCACGAGAUCGAUGAAGUGUUGAGGCUAUCGCAAACGGCACCUCUGGGAUCCAAGCCAGUCACCCAGGGAAAAGAUUCGGCCACGAGACGGGCGUAUCGAGCGAGGUUGGACAAGCUACGAACAACACCGAGGUAUGCGUCCUUGACGCCAUUGAGGAACCACAUCUCCAUCCUCAACGAUCCUUCCAAUUCGUUCGACGACACCGACACCGCAGAGGAUGGGGAGGGACCAAGAAGAUUGGGUCCUCGAUCGGGAAGUGCUCCUGCUUGGAGCGCAAGCCUGUUGAAUUGGGUCGGGGGUAGUCUGGCGGGAUGCUUGAAGUUGGGGGGUGUGGAGGAGGUCAAGAGGGAGGGGUGGGACGAGAGACAGAUCGAACGGGAGAAGGCGAAGGAGGCGUCUGGGAGGGUGGAGGUAGGGGUGCAGCUCGGGGAGGAGGCAGAAGAGGAAGAGAGGAUGGCGAGGGGUACGGCUCCGCUUGGACCGGCGCUGGGGGUGGGCGUGGUGGUGAACAAGGUGGAGGAGGGGAGUGAGGGGCGGCCGAGGGUCAGUCAAUGGGUUGGUUUGGAGGCUUGA